AUGCUCAACACAUCUGCUGCUACCGGAAUCAACCAAUCUAAUAAUAGCAUCAAUAAUAACCUAAAAGACGAGAAGAAUGAUGAUGAAAUAACUAGUGAAGUGUGUCCUCUUUCAUUCUAUGAAGAAUCUGGUUUUUAUCACAAUCAUUUAGAAUAUACAAACAAGUAUUUGUAUGAUCCGAAUCAAUUUGUUGAUCAAUUUCAUAAGAGUAUAAAGGAGAAGAAUUUUAACAAGUUGAGAAGUUUGAGAAUUUUAAUUCAACAGCAAACAAUUGAUAUUUGUAGAAGUAGAGUGUAUAAUUAUAGACCUAUUGAUGGAGAAUUUUCAUUGGAUAAGAAGAAGAGGAUAGAAUUGAGUGAGAAGAUUCUCGUGAAUGCCUCUGUAAAGAGUAAAUAUUAUAAGAAUGAAGGAUUGGAGGUGAGUGAGAAGGUUGGAGAUUUGGAAAAAACUCAAGUUUUGGUUAUUAAUGGUGAUUGUAUUGAUAUUGCAUUCCAUAUUCAAGAUUUGUUGAUUAAGGAAGGUAAAUUUGGAAAGGAAAGAGUUGCUGUAUUGAAUAUGGCUAAUCCAAAUACACCUGGAGGUGGAUACAAGGGAGGAUGUGGAGCUCAAGAAGAAAAUUUACACAGAAGAUCAAACUUGUAUCAAUGCUUGGACAAUUAUGUAGACAAGAUUGACAAGACUAGAACAUGGAAUUAUCCAAUAGGAUAUGAAAGUGGAGUCUAUAGUCCAGAUGUUACAUUCUUCAGAGGAUGUGAAGCUAAGGGUUAUCCACUCCUUUCUGCUCCAAGAUUAGUCGAUGUCAUUACCACUGCUGCAGUUCCAAACUCUCUCAAUCAUGGUGAUGGAGAAAUUGAUGAGAGAAAUAUUGGCAGUAUUGAGGCCAUUUUAAAGAUUGCAGUUCAACACGGAGUUAGAAAUGUGGUCUUGUCGGCUCUUGGUUGUGGAGCUUUCAGAAACUCUCCAACAGCAAUUGCUAAAGUUUUCAAGGAAAAGAUUGAAGGUCCACAAUUCAAAGGCCACUUUGAUAGACUCUACUUUGCAAUCAUUGAAGAUCACAACUCAAAGAAGGGACAUAAUCCUGAUGGAAAUAUCAAACCCUUUGUCCAAGUUUUCAAUGAUUAUUUGAAGGAUAGAACCGAUGUAACAGAACUCACUGACUCACAAUUCAAUUAUGAUUAUGAUAAUAUGAAUGAUGUAUAUCAGCAAUACUAUGAAGAAAGUAGGUGAGAGUAUUAUCAAAUUGUAUAAUAAAUAAUCAAUAUUAAAUCC